AUGUUCAAGCUACAGGUCCUGAUCAUCCCACAGAGUUCUCUCUCCACUGUGGAAAGCUCCAGUUGCGGCACUGCUAACACCGGCAGUGAUAAUGCAGGAGACGCCGACGAUAUCGACGGAAACAACCUUAACAACUCGAAGAGCAACAACGGUGGGAAAAACUCGAUUUUCAGAACCUAUUCUUCCUCUCCAGGCCCAGGCUCUGAAAGAGCGCUGAAUGCAAUCAGUACUCCAAUCCCCGCUAGCCAGUUCAAUCUUCAUAGAUUGCAAAGCUACAACCCUAACUCUAGUUUUGCCGCGUAUCCGACCUCUUUUGUGUCGUUACCGUCCCAUCAGACACAAAAUGUAAGGACAAAGAAGUUUUUGCAUAUAACAUACUCCAGUAAUCGGCUUGAAACCAUUGCUCAAGAGAUCAGUCAAAGAUUUCUCAAGCUUUAUCCUAAUGAAGAGCCUUUGCACAUUUUGAAUAUCCAAGAUUACGAAGAAUGCGACUUAGAUCCAGAUUAUACAGCAGAAAUGGUAUUUGACAACAAUAACAUAUGCCGCGUGAUAGUUGCUAACGAGUUCAACGAAUCAGACGAUGCCAUCAUCAACAGCAACGGAAAGCGCUACCUAGCUGGUGAUCUCAAUAGUGUCAUGAAGAAAGUUAGAAAGCCUAAAACUUUAAAGCACAGCAUUGAGAGUACGUCUCUGGCGAACACGUCCAUUUGGUCUUUCGACGAAGAAUCCCGAUUCUCAAAGCCUCAACACUCUUCUGCUAGCCGCAGCUCACAUUCAUAUCAUUCGAUGAAUAAACCCAUAGGCAUGAAAGAAGACGCCAAUGCAUCCCAUAUGGGCCCAAAUAUCUCAUUGGCUAUUCCAGAAGUAGACGACACAGUUAUUCAUCCACACAAAAGUGAGCAUCUGAAAAUUGCUUCUCCCAUAGUAGCAACUGGAUCACCAACUAGAAUUACCUCAGGUAUGUUGAAUGCUAAGUCUCAACCUGACUUGUCCAAAGUUGAUUACGAGGAUUUAAACGGCUCCAUGUAUGUUGAACAAGAGGAAAAAAGAGCCAGUGUUUCUACGAAGGAAGAUGCGAUGAGGAAUAGGCUCACUAAAACACCUGCUACCGCCCCUGUUUCUGAAGCUAUUGCAGAUUCGUCCUUGAUAGUCAAUGCCGAUCUAUCAAGUUCCUCUCUGAAUGUUUCACCCGAAAAUGUUGCGAUAGAACUGAAGACCCCAGAGUCAAAUAAAACUAGUUUGUUAUCCAUGACAAACAAACGCUCUUCUGUCAGCGGCUCUGCUACCAAGAAAACCAAUAAAAAGCAGAAGACCCAACAAGUGUCCAAUACUUCCAGCCCUUCAACCAAUGCACAGAAAUCACCAGCACGCCUUGACCAACCAAAUUCUGGUAACCAAGAGAAUGGCUCUAAGUUGGCUCCGCUGAGCGAAACGAGGGCCGUGCCUACGCCCGCUAGUAAUGCCGCUAUUCAAGUGAGUAUUCCUGAUGGUAAAACCUUUGAAGUGACAGAUAAAGAAGACGCAGUUAAAGAAAAGGCUGCCAAGGAGAAGGGGGAAAAGACAGAAAUUGCAAAGGCAGCUAAAGAGAAGGCAGCGAAAGAGAAAGCAGAGAAGGCUGAGAAGGCAAAGAUAGCGAAAGAGAAAGCAGCAAAGGACAGGGCCGAGAAAGCUGAGAAAGCGAAGGCAGCUAAGGAGAAGGCAGCCAAGGAGAAAGCUGAGAAAGCUGAAAGAGUAAAAGCUGAGAAGGAAAAAGCAGCUAAAGAAAAAGCUGAGAAAGCUGAGAAAGUAAAAGCUGAAAAAGAAAAGAUAGCAAAGGAGAAGGCUGAAAAAGCAAAAGCAGCUAAAGAGAAAGCUGAGAAGGAGAAAGCUGAGAAAGAGAAAGCUGAAAAAGAGAAAGCUGAGAAAGAGAAAGCUAAAAAAGAGAAAGCUGAGAAGGAGAAAGCUGAGAAGGAGAAAGCUGAGAAGGAGAAGGCUGAGAAGGAGAAGGCUGAGAAGGAGAAGGCUGAGAAGGAGAAGGCUGAGAAGGAGAAGACCGCCAACGAAAAGGCCGCCAAAGAAAAGGCCGCCAAAGAAAAGGCCGCCAAAGAAAAGGCCGCUAAAGAAAAGGCCGCUAAAGAGAAAGUUGCUAAAGAGAAAGCUGAAAAGGAGAAGGCUGAGAAGGAGAAGGCUGAGAAGGAGAAGGCUGAGAAGGAGAAGGCUGAGAAGGAGAAGGCUGAGAAGGAGAAGGCUGAGAAGGAGAAAGCUGAGAAGGAGAAAGCUGAGAAGGAGAAAGCUGAGAAGGAAAAAGCAGCUAAAGAAAAAGCUGAGAAAGAGAAAGCUGAGAAAGAGAAAGCUGAGAAAAUAAAAUUGGCCAAAGAGAAGGAACAGUCUGGUGAGAAUAGCUCUAACAUAAAAUUACAGGUGACAUCCGACAAACCACCCAAAAGAUCGAGGAGAGUUUCCAGAAAUAAUGAUGUCAUUGUAAUUGAUGGUACACCUGAAGCAGAUAAAGGAGCAAGGAUCCUAAAAAAACCGUCAAAUGCGGUUGCUGCUGAUGUUGAUAGUGAUAACAUUCUUACUGAUACUGAAGAUGAUGAGGACAUAAGCAAAAUCAGAAUUCUAACUAGAAAUGAUACUCCAGAGGAUGAGAAGUUGAGCCACCCUGCAAAGGCAAUCAAGGUUACAAAACUUUCUGUAAGUGCGGCUAAACCAAGAAUACCUAACAUUUCUUUAGCAUCCGAUAUCAAUGAAAUGUCCAUAAACACUUCCAAUGGUCUGAAAGCCAGUGGAGGGUCAACUCCAUUCAACAUUUCGGAAGAUUCCGCCACCGCAUCUAGUGAAGGAUCUCCUGCAAAUAAGAAAAGAAAUAUCAAAAAACAGGAGGAGAGCUCUCCAGGAGAAAUUAUUUCCAAAAUCAUUAUGAAAGAAAAUGCAAAGAUCAUUAAUGGUGCAGCUAGGCACGACGAGAUCAGUGGAGAUAUUGACAUGUCUAAUAUUCUUCCCCAAAAGAACAGAGUUGCUAAGCCAGUUUCCGCAAAGAGUACUAAGAAUGCUACAGGUAAAACGUCGUCAGACACAGAUUCCUCAUCGGGUACCAGCUCAGGUUCAGGUUCAAGUUCGAAAUCCAGUUCGGAGUCUUCAUCUGGUUCAGAUUCAUCUGACGAGUCAUCAGAUGAUGAAAGUUCUAGGCCAAAAAUUGUUCCGGCACCAAAGAUAGCAAUGAAAGCUUCUAAUUUGAGUCAGGGAAAACGGGAGCCUUCAAAAAAGACAGCUUCUAUAACUAAUAACGUUAAUUCACCAGAAAUUUUGACUCCUAGUCCUCCAAAACCAGCACCAUAUGUUAAACCAGCACCAUAUGUUAAACCACCAACAUUAGCUAAAGCACAAAGUUCCACGAUUGCUGAAUUGUCUAAACGUUCAUCAUUACCAAGAUUAUCUGCUUUCCUGGAUAAAAAACUUCCUGAAGUCAGAAUGCAAAAGAAUCAAUCCUCAAAAACUGUGACUACCAAAACAAAAUCAUCCGAUUCCGAUUCCACAGGCUCUUCUGAUGAUUCAAGUUCUUCUUCGUCAUCAGACUCCGAUAGUGAUUCAGACACGGCAUCUGAUUCAUCUGAUUCAGAUUCAGAGGAUGGAGAUGCAGUAAAAGCAAAAUUCAUAAAUGCAAGAACUGCAAAUCAAUUUGUUUCUACCAAAAAGUCCAAAACUAAAACCAAGAAAAACAAAGGAUUUAGUGCCUUGAUGAAAGACUCGAAGAAGUAA